CUCGAUUACUUGUUUUUUCUGCACAAACUUCUCCAUUCAACACUAUUUCUCUCUCUCGUAUGGCGAUGUUUUUCAAAGGAGAUAAAGUCGAAGUAUGCAGCAAGGAAGAAGGGUUCUUGGGUUCUUACUACCAAGCUAAAAUCUUAUCCCCCUUGAACAACAAUACUCUUUAUAGAGUGCAGUACAAGAACCUGGUUGAAGAAGAAGAUCAGACUCGGCCUCUGGUUGAGAUAGUUUCAGCCGACGAGGUCCGACCAGUGCCACCUCCAGUAACCUUCACAAAAGCUACUCAGGUUUUUCAUUAUCUGGACUCGGUGGAUGCUUUCGACAACGAUGGUUGGUGGGUGGGGAAGAUCACUGGGAGACAGGGAUCUAAAUAUUGGGUUUAUUUUGAAACUACCAGAGACGAGAUUGCUUACCCCGUUUCUCGAUUGAGACAUCAUCUUGAAUGGCGCGAUGGCCACUGGAUUCUUGCCAACAACACCUUCUUCUGAUAUCCAUCGCUGUUUCUUCAUGGAUUCUUUUUUUCUUUUAGUGUCUAUUUGAUGUAAGGACCUGUUCUCAAUUAACUCUUGCUUCGGUACCAAGCAAUCAAUAACUUAAUUAUUGUAUUUAAUUAGUUGAUUCUUUGCAUUCUUAGAUUAAAAAAAUUUCAUAGUUUAAUUUUUGA